AUGUUGAGGGCAUCGAGAAUAACGCAGUCGCUAAGACCCAUUGUAUUGCGAUCUCCACACUUGACCGGAAUUACAAGACCAUACGCGACAUUGCCCGCCACCACCACCGGGGAAGAACAGCCAACAACAGCCAAUGCCCGUACUCCGCUCGGGCGCCCCGUGCAGAAAUACAGCGACACCAACGUGCAGUUCGGGCCCACGACCUUCACCGAGGUGCUCGACCAGACCAACAUGAUGUGGGACAAGUCCGACGACCCCGACAAGGUCAAGAAGCAAAACACCAAGAUUCGCCAUUUCACCAUCAACUUCGGGCCCCAGCAUCCGGCCGCGCACGGGGUGUUGCGCUUGAUCUUGGAGUUGCAUGGCGAAGAGAUUAUUCGCAGUGAUCCGCACGUGGGCUUGUUGCAUCGCGGCACGGAAAAGUUGAUUGAGACCAAGACGUAUAUGCAAGCGUUGCCCUAUUUCGACCGGUUGGACUAUGUCUCGAUGAUGACAAAUGAGCAGGUGUUUGCGCUUGCCGUGGAGAAGUUGUUGAAUGUCGAGAUCCCCUUGCGUGCCAAGUACAUCCGUACUUUGUUUGGCGAGAUCACGAGGGUGUUGAACCACUGUAUGUCGGUCUUGACCCACAUUAUGGAUGUCGGGGGCUUGACUCCGUUCUUGUGGGGCUUUGAAGAAAGAGAAAAGUUGAUGGAGUUUUACGAGCGUGUGAGCGGGGCGCGCUUGCACUCGGCCUAUGUGCGUCCCGGCGGUGUCAGCCAGGACUUGCCCGCGGGGUUGUUGGACGAUAUCUACAUGUGGGCUACCCAGUUUGGCGAUCGUAUUGAUGAAAUCGAAGAAUUGUGCACUGAUAACCGUAUCUGGAAAGAGAGAACCGUGGGCGUCGGGGUCGUGAGCGCCGAAGACGCCUUGAGCUAUUCGUUGAGCGGGGUCAUGUUGCGCGGCUCGGGUAUUCCCUUUGACGUGAGGAAGUCGCAGCCUUACGACGCUUAUGGGCUCGUGGAUUUCGACAUCGCCGUGGGAUUAUACGGAGACUGUUAUGAUCGUUACUUGAUUAGAAUGACGGAGUUUCGCCAGUCGUUGCGUAUUAUAUUCCAGUGCAUCAACGAUAUCCCACAGGGACCAGUCAAGGUUGAAGACUACAAGAUCUCGCCUCCUCCGCGCGCAUUGAUGAAGGAGGACAUGGAGGCGUUGAUCCACCAUUUCUUGUUGUUCACCAAGGGGUACGCUGUGCCCCAGGGAGAGACCUAUACUGCUAUCGAGGCGCCCAAGGGUGAAAUGGGGGUCUACGUGGUUAGUGAUGGCAGUGAGAGACCUUAUAGGUGUAAGAUUAGAGCUCCUGGUUUUGCCCACUUGGGUGCGUUUGACCAUAUCGCCAGGGGCGAGUUGUUGGCCGAUGCCGUGGCCAUCAUCGGUACCAUGGACUUGGUGUUUGGUGAAGUCGAUCGUUGA